AUGUUUGGCCUUGCCUUUGAUCUUACUGAAAAGACCUUAGUGUUGUUGAUGAAGCACCUCCUGAGACCUGGCAUCCCCUUGACCUUUGUAUCUUGUAAAGUGUCAACUGUACUAGUUGUUGAUGAAAUGUGCCUUGAUAAAGCUGCUGUGAUAUCAGAUGAUGAGAACAAAAGUGAAGAGUUUUCCAAUCCAUGGAGACUCUGUACAGUAACACAGGUGGAAGAACUAAAAAUCUUGAUUCGCAUGUUUCCAAUAUGGGCUACUGGAAUUGUGUUUGCUGCUGUUUAUGCACAGAUGUCUACUAUGUUUGUUGAGCAAGGGAUGAUGAUGGACACAACAAUUGGUUCCUUCGCUAUUCCUGCUGCAUCACUUUCAACAUUUGAUGUCAUCAGUGUUAUUUUCUGGGUACCUGUCUAUGAUAGGUUCCUCGUCCCAAUUGCAAGGAAAUUCACUGGCAAGGAGAGGGGCUUCUCAGAGUUGCAGAGGAUGGGGAUAGGCCUUUUUAUAUCAGUUUUAUGCAUGUCGGCAGCUGCUUUGGUGGAGAUGAAAAGGCUGUCAAUAGCUAGAGCUCUUGGUUUGGUUGAUGAAGCUGUUCCAGUGCCACUCAGUAUCUUAUGGCAAAUACCUCAGUACUUCUUGUUGGGUGCUGCAGAAGUAUGUACAUUCAUUGGGCAGCUUGAGUUCUUCUAUGACCAAUCACCAGAUGCCAUGCGUAGCUUGUGCAGUGCAUUGGCGCUACUGACAACUUCGUUGGGCAAUUACUUGAGCUCUUUUAUUCUGACUGUUGUGACAUACAUAACAACUAAAGGUGGACGGGUUGGAUGGAUCCCAGAUAACUUGAAUGAGGGUCAUCUUGAUUACUUCUUCUGGCUUUUGGCUGGACUCAGCUUCUUAAACAUGGUGGUUUAUGUAUUCUGUGCCAAAAAGUACAAACAUAAACGGGCAUCUUGA